UUUCAGCAGUUGCUCCAAUUUCCGUGAUCGAAGUCCUCCCUCUCACAUUAUCGUGUACAGUAGCUGCGCAAAGAAACGUUGCAAUAUGGAAGUGAUGGAAGUCAGACAUUCUUCCUGUACUUCGGGGGUAACCUCCACGAUAAACGACUUCGAUAUGGGAUGAGACGUCGGUGACGAAUACUGGACCUCAAUUAUGGAUAUCAUUCUCGUAGCGUUAACCAUUAUCAGCCUUCGCUGUGUCGCCGUUCCAGCAGCUUCGUCUUCCAAAGACUUCCAGAAGACAGUUCUACAAGAAGUCAAUACCGUGAUCGGGGACAGUGUCCCUCACGAGUGCGACACCCGUCGCGACCUUCGAAAGCCGACGUGUUCCUGCGACCCGUCUUGCAAUCUUUACGGCGACUGUUGCAUCGACGUGGCUAAAGAAGUUCCACGUGAACGAUACAUGUGUACUCAGUUGGAACGUGAUGGACCUUACGUUUGGGUGAAAGCGUCGUGUACGGGACGGAGAACCACACCGAUGAUGAAGUUCAAGUGUGAGGGACAAUUCACGAGCAACGUCCGGGGGUUGACAUACAUCAUCGAUGUUCCCGCCUUCCACAAGCCGACGAAAACGUUGUAUCGAAACCUUUACUGCGUGCUGUGUAAGGCAGGUCUGACGGAUAUUUACCGCUGGCACAGCCGACUGGAAUGGAUUGGACAGGUGCCCAGGAACAUGAGCAAGGGCACGUUGUUAACGCAGCUUAGUUACGACGUUGAACGACGAAUUUACUGGGUACGGCACCAGGGUACGACGUACAACACCACGUUCCGAGCUGCCGAGUUCAGGUGGGAGAACUUCACGCGAGCGUUCAACACAGCGCCGUGCUCUCCUGCUCUGGACACGUGCCCCAAAGGAAGUCAUCCUGCGCUUGUUCGCCAAUGUGAGUUGUACGCUGCUUAUUAUACGCCGAACGAUACGGUAGAUGUGACUUACAAGAAUUAUCACUGCGCACUCUGCAACGGAGUGCCCCGCACGGCAAUUGAGAACGACUACAAGCGCGUGACUUAUCUCCAGUCAUCGAUUACGACUUCGCUCAGAAAAGUCGGGUCCGAGAUAUCCGUACCGUAUGUCGGAGGUGGCUCCAGUUUCCAGUUCCUGUUCGACCCGUCGAUAGCUGACAGUCGCUGCGGAAAACACGAAAUCAGCGCCCCGUAUAUGAACUCCUGCCUUCCGGCCAGCUGUCCGGAGAAUACUCGAUUUGAACGAAGUACCGGCGUUUGUAUUGGACGGAACGGGUCUCGCAGCUGUCCCUGGGUUGUCUUCGAGGAAGCGUGGGUCACAGUCCUUCCGAACCGCUCGUUGUACCUCAACUUCAGCAACGAAAUUGUAGGUCCCGACGAAUACAAGACGGGUGGUUGGGCAGGGCACGUUCUCGUGUGCGUGUCCCACCCGGUAACGGUCGUGCUCGACCCGACGCAAGAGAUCAUAGCCGAAGUCUGCUUAGCUCUGAGCACCGUAUGUCUUCUUCUGCUCAUCGUAGUGUACAUCGCCCUUCCGCAACUCCGAGCUCGUGCAUCUGGGCGUGCGAUUCUAUGCCUCGCGAUGUCUCUAGCCUUGGCACAAGUACUGUUCCUUGUCAGCAACGAUCUGCCGCCGUACACGACUUCCUGCCACCUGGUGGCCAUCGUCUUGCACUACUGCUACCUCGCUUCUUUUUUCUGGAUGAACACGCUAGCGAUUGAUGUGUGUCGAUCACUCGCAACUCACGUGUUUGAUUCUGGUAGCGAGCACCUGUUCCUGUGGUACAGCGGGUACGCGUGGCUCUGCCCUAUGGUCCUCGUUGGAGUGGCAGUCCUGUUAGAUGUGUUUUUACCGGAGGCGGUGCUCAGUCCUCACUACGGUGGCCACCUGUGCUGGAUCUGUCAUCGGGGAAGCCUAAUGGCCUUCUUUCUGGCACCCGUAGCAAUUUUACUACUGGUCAACGCGGUGCUUUUUAUCCUCACGGCGCGGUCGUUAAGAUCUGCACGCCGGAGUACCGCUAAAAACCGCCGGGAUGACCCGGGUAUCCCGUUCCUUCUUUACGUGAAAUUAGUCCUAGCGUUUGGCCUGACCUGGGCGUUCGGGUUCGCGGCGGCGCUGACAGCCUCGCGGUGGCUCUGGUACCCGUUCAUCGUCUUAUCCGGGUUACAAGGCGCCUUCUUAUUCGCCGCCUUCGCGUGCAAGAAAUCAGUGUUUUCUGACCUUCGGCAGCGGUUCCUUCCGAAAAAGAAGAAAUCGGAGCAGGAGACGUCUGGUCCGACGGCUUCGACGUCAGUACAGCCACUGAGAGAACGGCGUUCUCUCGAGAGGACGUGCAAGAAAGCUGAAUACUCGAAGGAAACCCACUGCUAAGUCCUACAGUUUAUUAUUAAGUGAGAUGCUUCCAGUGGCGUAG